AUGACCCUUCAGUGCUUCUGCAUCUGGAACUCCUUCACAGGCUGGCGGGGAAACCGCCGCCGCCUCGGAAGCCUCGGCGGGCGGACAGACCGUGCUCGGCUCCGAUACACCUGUGCAGUCUCGGAAGCAAAGCACUUGGAUUUGAUUUAUCCUGGCGCUGCUGAGGCUGGAGCCAGCAGUGGCUGGGAAGAAGACAAGACCCGCACGUUCUCCCUCAGCUCGGCUCGGCUCUGCCGCGCGGUCGAACGAGCCCUCAAGGCCCGCCCCGCGCGGCCCCCGCGCUCUCCUCGCGCCGCCGCGGGGGGGCGCGAGCGCCGGCUGGGGCGGCGGGAGGGGAGGGAGGGAAGGAGGGAAGGGCGGCGGGCGAGGAUUCCCGAGGUGGCUGCCGGCUCUGAGCAGGUCUGUGUCAGCCUGCGGCAGCCGGCGCCACCGCCGGGCCUCCUCGCAAGCCGGCCGGCAGCGUCCUCCCUCCUUCCCUCUCUCCCGCCUGCCUUCUCCUUUCUCGUUCUCUCCGUGCCUCGGGAGCUGGCGCACACCGCGGCUGGUGCAUUCGACUGCUGCCCCUCUGCAGGCGCAGAAGCGGUGCUGGCCGCCCUCAACCGGCAAUUACAAUAUUCUUCAGAUGUGAAGAGCAGGACUGCUUGGUUCAUGAAUUUGAGAAAUGCAGGAACUCUGAGUGACACAAGCUCUUUAGAUGAGACAACCUAUGAGAAGCUGGCUGAAGAAACACUGGACUCCUUAGCAGAUUUCUUUGAGGACUUGGCAGAUAAACCUUUUACCCCAGAAGAUUAUGAUGUCUCUCUAGGGAGUGGAGUACUAACAGUUAAAUUGGGUGGAGACAUGGGAACAUACGUAAUCAAUAAGCAAACACCAAACCGGCAGAUUUGGCUGUCCUCACCCACUAGUGGGCCCAAGCGUUAUGACUGGACUGGACGGAAUUGGGUGUAUUCUCAUGACAGAGUGUCUCUUCAUGAACUACUAUCAAAAGAGUUUUCAACAGCUUUAAAAACUAAAUUGGAUUUGUCCACCUUAAUAUAUUCUGGAAAAGAAGAUACUUGAUUGUGUUCUACCUCAUGGAAGUUUAAAGACUUAACUUCACGCCAAGCUCUUUCUUAGGCUGAAGUACCUGAGCUUAAUUCUGUUGUUUUUCUUGGCAUCAAUAUAUUGUGCAACAAAAAUGAAAAUAAUAUAUUUUUUCUCCAUU